UCCCCACCAGUGGCCUUUCCUCCCAGUCCAGAGAGGCAGCCAAAGCAGGUGAUGGGUUCCCGCUGUGCCAAGCUCGGCACAGGCCACGGCCGGGGCCACGAAUCCUCCAUGAAGAAGCUUGUGGCCUGCGUGAGUCAGGACAACUUCUCCUUGUCGUCGGAGAGUGAGGAAGAGGAGGAGGGAGAGGGAGUAGAAGAGGAAGAGGAGCUCCCGGUGCAGGGCAAGCUGCUGCUGAUGGAGCCUGAGCGGCAGGAGGAAGGUGCCGAAGAUGACGCUGUGGUCCAGCAGGGCCCCAAGCCCGAGCAGACACACUCUUGAUCCAUGACGAUGGCCCAGGAAGAGGUGCCUGCCGCUGUUUCAAAGAGAAGAACUUUCAGAAAAGAGUCAAUAAAAAGUCU